GUAUGAAUUACUCUCGGUUCAUCAACACUGUGAGUGCAGCAAGAAAAGCAUCUCCAAUAAGACUUCUGACUGAAUUGAUGCAGAAGUCUCCUCCAUCUCUCAUCUCUCUGGCUGGGGGGGCACCAAACCCUAACCUUUUUCCAUUUAAGAGGGCUACGGUUGCCAUUGGACAUGGAACUGCUGUUGAGAUUGGGGAAGAUCUGAUGAAGAGAGCUCUCCAGUACUCGGCCUCAGCAGGGAUUCCAGAGUUGUUGUCUUGGCUAAAGGAUUUCCAGCGGAAUCUACAUAAUCCCCCCACAGCCAACUACAGUCCUGAGCAAGGACAAAUGGAAGUGUGUGUCACAACUGGCAGCCAGGAAGGCUUGUGUAAAGUGUUUGAAAUGCUUAUUAAUCCUGGGGACAAUAUUCUUUUGGAUGCACCUACAUAUUCUGGGACAUUAGCAGCUCUGAGACCUUUGGGUUGUAACAUAAUUAAUGUUCCUAGUGACCAACAUGGCAUUAUUCCAAAAGCUCUCAAAGAAAUUCUAUCUACUUGGAGCUCAGAAGAUGUCAAAAAUCGUAGCCACCACCUCCCCAAAUUCCUGUACACUAUUCCGAAUGGCUGCAACCCAACUGGAAACUCUCUGACCACAGAGCGCAAGAAGGAGAUUUACCAGCUUGCAAGAAAAUAUGAUUUCCUCAUAAUAGAAGAUGAUCCUUACUACUUUCUUCAGUUUGAAAAGCCAUGGGCUCCAACUUUCCUCUCAAUGGAUGUGGAUGGCCGAGUUAUCAGGACUGACUCUUUCUCUAAAAUUCUCUCGUCUGGGUUAAGAAUAGGUUUUCUGACAGGUCCAAAGCCUCUUAUCGACAGAGUUAUUCUACACAUUCAGGUUUCAACAAUGCAUACCAGCACUUUCACACAGAUUAUGAUAUCACAGCUGCUUCAGCAAUGGGGAGAAAAGGGUUUCUUGGAGCAUAUAGACAGAGUGGUGGAGUUCUACAGGACCCAGCGGGAUGCAAUGCUCAUUGCUGCUGACAAGUGGUUAAAAGGCUUGGCAGAAUGGUACCCUCCUGCUGCUGGCAUGUUCUUGUGGAUCAAAAUUAAGGGUGUUUCUGACACACAGCAGCUGAUCAUGGAAAAAGCUUUGCAGAAAGAAGUGUUACUGGUUCCUGGAGGAGCAUUCAAUAUCGAUAGCUCAGAGCCUAGUUCUUACGUCAGAGCCUCCUUCUCUCUGUCUUCGCCAGCUCAGAUGGAUCUGGCCUUCAAGAGACUGGCUGACCUUAUAAAAGAAGCUUUGUGAAAAAGCUAAAUAGAACUCUUGCAGCAAUCAAAAUCGUCUCCAGGAAGUAGUUACAAACAUUUUGAUUUCAUCAGAACAAUUUAAAAGCAAGCACAAUACAAUGGAUGUUUCCUUAGAUCGUUUCAGCUAAAGAAGCAAAAAAUGAAAGAAUGAAAAAAAAUGUGCUUAAUUGUUUUGACAGGACGUUAUAUACUAAAUUUAUUCCAAUUCAGAAACAUUUAAAAUACUCAAAACCAAAUGUUCUGUUUCCCAUCAAAUCCAUGGUUUUGUUAGAUUUGAAUUGAUUUUUGUUCUGGCUUUUGUUUUCUGUUUCAGUUGGGAACCAGGGAAAUCAGUUACUGAGGAAGUUGCCCCUGAGGUGGCCUUAGCCACUGUUAAUCCCAACUGAUACAUUCCUCCAGCACCUUAUGUUGGAAUUGGUUUUGUGUGUCACUUCCCUUCUUGUCCUACUGUAUGGCAACUGGUAUUUGAAUUUGGAUUUUGACGAUUUGACGAUCAGUGUUUAAUGUUACUGAAGUUUUGUCAAAUAAAACUGUUGGAAGGAUGUUCAAAAACUGAAACUGAUCCAGCAAAAUUAGGCUACAAUUACAAGUAAACCUACUUGGCCUAAGGUCCCUUGCAAUUUGCGCCGGUUUUGCAGCUCAGUCUCUGAUUUGUAAAAGGUUUUCUGAUUGCUGGCUUCCUCUUCAGUCUGUGAAUAAUUACCCUGUACCUGUGUUAGAAAAUCUCUGGUUUGCAAAGGCAUGUGGAUGUGCUAAUAGAACUGCUUUCUGCUCUUAGUUAAUCAGUCAGAUGGGGUUUUGAAUGGAGCGUGUGAGUAACUGGGGACGUGGUGGAAUGGGCAAUAAUCUGACACUGCCAGAUGUACAAAGCAAGCAAAAUGAAAAAAUAAAGAAAUGUUUUGAUCCCUAA